GAACUACACUUCAAAGGAACUACACUUCAAAGGAACUACACUUCAAAGGAACUACACUUCAAAGGAACUACACUUCAAAGGAACUACACUUCAGUGGAACUACGCUUCAGUGGAACUACACUUCAAAGGAACUACACUUCAGUGGAACUACGCUUCAGUGGAACUGCGCUUCAGUGGAACUACACUUCAAAGGAACUACGCUUCAGUGGAACUACACUUCAGAGGAACUACGCUUCAGUGGAACUACGCUUCAAAAGGAACUACGCUUCAAAAGGAACUACAGUGGAACUGCGCUUCAGUGGAACUACGCUUCAGUGGAACUACGCUUCAGUGGAACUACGCUUCAGUGGAACUACGCUUCAAAGGAACUACAGUGGAACUACGCUUCAAAGGAACUACAGUGGAACUACGCUUCAAAGGAACUACGCUACAGUGGAACUACGCUUCAAAGGAACUACGCUACAGUGGAACUACGCUUCAAAGGAACUACGCUACAGUGGAACUACGCUUCAAAGGAACUACGCUUCGGUGGAACUACGCUUCAGUGGAACUACGCUUCAAAGGAACUACGCUUCAGUGGAACUACGCUUCAAAGGAACUACGCUACAGUGGAACUACGCUUCAAAGGAACUACGCUUCAGUGGAACUACGCUUCAGUGGAACUACACUUCAAAGGAACUACGCUUCAGUGGAACUACACUUCAGAGGAACUACGCUUCAGUGGAACUACACUUCAAAAGGAACUACGCUUCAAAAGGAACUACAGUGGAACUGCGCUUCAGUGGAACUACGCUUCAGUGGAACUACGCUUCAGUGGAACUACGCUUCAAAGGAACUACAGUGGAACUACGCUUCAAAGGAACUACGCUACAGUGGAACUACGCUUCAAAGGAACUACGCUACAGUGGAACUACGCUUCAAAGGAACUACGCUUCAAAGGAACUACGCUUCAGUGGAACUACGCUUCAAAGGAACUACGCUUCAAAGGAACUACGCUACAGUGGAACUACACUUCAAAGGAACUACGCUUCAAAGGAACUACGCUACAGUGGAACUACGCUUCAAAGGAAAUACGCUUCAGUGGAACUACGCUUCAAAGGAACUACAGUGGAACUACGCUUCAAGGGAACGCAGGAUAUGCGUGGCAGCCAUCUUGCGUACACCAACGCGUAG